UGUGCCAUCUACCUGCCCCUCCUUCAACUAAAUUUACCACCAAUUGCUGAUGUCAAUCAUUGAUGAGAAAUAAUGACAUUCAGGGAGUCUGUCCCUGUUGCCCAUCUUUUAACCAGAGAAAUGUCUGUUAAAACUUCCUCAGAGUCUUAUUUCUGAUUCUGAUUAAUAAAUCUAAAUUUGCAAGAUAUUUUUGAGGUCAUUUUAUGGAUGAAGAAACUAUGACCUUACCAAGGUCAAACAGGUAGUAAAUUGUAGAGAUAGUAUGUAUUUUGAUGAUAGAUCUCUUUCUAUGUUGCCAUCCAACUUCAGAUUUGGUUUGGUCUUUUCCUAAAGAACUCUCAUGAACUCAAUUUCCAACUUCAGAGCCAGGCUGGACUGGCUCUGGGAAAUCAGUUCUUAUUCAUUCUUCCCCUUCCUCUCAAACUUGGCCCCAUUAAACAUUCUCAUUCUGCUGCUUAUUUCCUCCCCUGUCUAAUAGGCAUAAAUAGUCAACAGAGUAGGGGAGGAAGAAGAGACGAAGGGAUAUUGCUUUGGACACCUCUAAGCAGAGGAUGGUGGAAAGGAGGGAAAAUAUAGCAUGAGCACCUUUUAGGCUAUUUAUUUUUACGAAAGUAUCAGAGAGAUUAAACUUCCUAUCAUCUCCACCUUAGAAGCUAAAGUUGGAAGAAUAGGCCUCUGGGAGGAUGGGGGGACCAAAUGGCCUCCAGGAUGUGUUUGCCUGCUACGUGAGCUAAUGAUACAUUUUGGUUGGCUUCUUGGAUAUUUCUGUAUAGGAAGGUUUGCUAUUUUCCCCAAAGUGUGGCUGCAUUGGAUAGCUCAACUAUCUAUCCACCCGCUCUGAUUCAUACACCAUACGGUGCAAAUCCAAUUGAAAGGCUAAAGUUUCCCAUUUAUUUAUUAGAUGUGGUUUGUCAUGAGGGGAGCAGCAGCCCUGGAUAUAGCAAUCCUUUGUUAGGAAGUUCCAUUUUGUCCCCCGAGAUGUUGGAGCCAUUAAAUGAGGGUUUUCUUUCUAGAAUCUCUGAUCUGCUGCUGUGUAGAUGGACCUGCCGCCACUGCUGUCAAAAGUGUUACGAGUGUAGCUGCUGCCAGUCGAGUGAAGAUGAAGUUGAAAUCUUGGGACCUUUCCCUGCUCAGACUCCACCCUGGUUGAUGAGCAACCGGAAUGAAGAUAAGAAUGGGGACUCAGAUCACACUGCCAGCGAGGCUCCUCCAACCCCACAGGACAAUUCCCCAGAUCAGAGACGGUCAUCUUCAGACACAUCUAAGUCUGCAUACAGCCUUACCAGGAGGAUUUCAAGUCUUGAAUCCAGACGACCCAGCUCACCACUAAUUGAUAUUAAGCCCAUUGAGUUUGGGAUUAUCGGAUCCAAGAAAGAAAUUAUCCAACCAUCAGUGCUGAGGAAGACCUACACUCCUGAUGACUAUUUUAGAAAGUUUGAACCUAGACUAUACUCCCUUGAUUCUAACAGUGAUGACAUGGACUCACUGACCGAUGAGGAGAUUUUAUCCAAGUACCAGCUGGGUAUGCUGCAUUUCAGCACCCAAUAUGAUCUGCUGCACAAUUACCUAACAGUGAGGGUGAUUGAGGCCAGGGACCUCCCACCUCCCAUCUCCUAUGAUGGCUCUCGACAAGAUAUGGCUCAUUCCAACCCCUAUGUAAAGAUCUGCCUCUUGCCAGACCAGAAGAAUUCCAAGCAGACAGGUGUCAAACGCAAGACCCAGAACCCAGUAUUUGAGGAGCGCUACACCUUUGAGAUUCCAUUUCUAGAAGCCCAAAGAAGAACUUUGCUUUUAACUAUAGUGGAUUUUGAUAAAUUCUCACGUCACUGUGUCAUUGGGAAAGUUUCCGUGCCUUUAAGUGAAGUAGACCUGGUGAAGGGGGGGCACUGGUGGAAAGCUCUGGUUCCCAGUUCUCAGAAUGAAGUGGAGCUGGGAGAACUGCUGUUGUCAUUGAAUUAUCUCCCAAGUGCUGGAAGAUUGAACGUUGAUGUGAUAAGAGCCAAGCAGCUUCUUCAGACAGACAUGAGCCAAGGCUCAGACCCUUUUGUGAAGAUCCAGCUGGUACACGGACUCAAACUUGUGAAAACCAAGAAGACUUCCUUUAUGAGAGGGACAAUUGAUCCAUUCUACAAUGAGUCUUUCAGUUUCAAAGUCCCACAGGAAGAACUUGAAAAUGCCAGCCUAGUAUUUACAGUGUAUGGCCACAAUAUGAAGAGCAGCAAUGACUUCAUCGGGCGGAUUGUCAUUGGUCAGUACUCUAGUGGUUCCUCUGAAUCCAACCAUUGGCGGCGGAUGCUGAACACCCACCGGACAGCAGUGGAGCAAUGGCAUAGCCUACGGUCCCGAGCCGAGUGUGACCGAGUCUCCCCUGCCUCUCUUGAGGUGACGUGAAAGUUCCUGGGUGAUUUAUUUUCCCCCCAAAAAAAGUUGAGAGGAAAAAAUGGCUGACAUAUACACAUGCACAUACUAUACAUAUGAGUAUAUACAUGCAUACAUAAUCACCGUGGAGUUGAGAGGAAUGGACACAAUACUGCUAUCAAAAUGACGACCUUUGAUAAGGUGCCUCAGAAGACAUUUCUGUGUCCCAUUUCCAGAUGAUGUGAACUGUGUCCAUUGUUUCUCCUCUGGGGCCUACUGGACAUACCCACUGAUGUUGCUCAACCCUUUGACCACCCUGUGACUUCAUUUUCAAUGCCAAGGGCACUUUUGAAUUAAUAAGAAGGCUGCCCAACCUCUACCUGACUGGUCUGUUUGGUGUUGGAUCAGAAUAUGGGGAGGUUACUGCCCAAGGGGAAACUUUUGAAAUAGUCACUGUCUGCUGACAGUGAGUGCACACCUGAUUCUCUUUCCCAGAGGUUUAAGUAUCUAUGUGUUCUCUUGGUGAAUGUAAUGAGUAGAUUAGACUGGGGAAAAAAAAUCCAAUUAUAUAUAAUGUGGUAAAAUAACUUCUAACUUAACAGAUCUGUCCUUGUGUUAGCUUAUUACCCUGGAACUCUUGUUGGUAUGUAUGCUUAUGUUCUUGUCUAAAUGCACAUGUGUGUGAAUGUGAGUCCCUUUGUGUGGAAGAUGAUACACUGGGACCUAGAUCUCUUUCCUACCCCCUUGAAUGAAUCGUCAUACAACUACAUCCAGUUUGUCAGAGAUCCAUCCAUCUAAUAUUCACAUAGCUGUAUGUAAAGUAUGUGAAAUAUGAUAUAGAAAAAUAAUCCUUUGAAGUGGACUUGUAGGGUGAUCAAAAAAAAAAAAAAAUGAAGAUACCUUUAGAGUUGCCAAG